AUGUCGGCCCCGUCGAACUCGUCGUCACCCCUCAUAUCGACCCGGCGCCGCGCCUGCACUGCGUGUCAGCAGGCGAAGCGCCGAUGCGACCAACGCCUCCCGCGCUGUGGCCGGUGCACCCAAAAGGGGUUGGAGGACUGCAACUAUCCGUCCCUCGAGGCCGCCGUUGCAGCCGCUGACUUCAACUUCUUCACAGACGUCCUCAGCGGUUCCGCCGGCACCCCAACCGGCUCCCUCCACAAUAUCAUGCCCGUCCCCGUCGUGCCGGAGACGGAGACCCCGUGGUCCCUGUUCUAUGGAAACGCUGCCGCGCCGACGCCCUCCCCUUCCGUCAUGUCCCCGCCCGCCAGCGACUGCAUCUCAAGAGACGCCGUCUUUUACUGCAACGAGCAGUUCAGGUGCUUCCCGCGGCGUUGGGUGGGCCAGAACGGCGUCGCCCCCUUCAUCCACCCGGCCCUUUACCUACCCACCACAAACGGCGCCGACGGUCUGCCCCCCGUCCUACAGGACUGCUUCUGCGCGUGUGCCGCGUACGCGGCCAAGAACGACGAAAACUCGGCCCUCGUCCUCGGCGUCGUCGAGGCCAAGGCCACGGCCCUACUCUACGUACCCGAACAGGCAACUUGGACCCUCCCGCAGCAGGUCGCCGCCCUACAGGCGCUGGUCAUGUACCAGAUCAUGCGGUGGUUCGACGGCGACAUCCGCCAGCGCGUGCUCGCCGAUUCGGUCGAGCCCGUGCUAGCGGCGUGGACGUCGGCCCUGCAAUCCCGCGUCGGAGCAGCCGUUUUCGCCGAAGAGGCCGUGCCCCCCUCCGUCAUCCCGGAAGUGAUAGCGCACGUUCCGCCGCCGCAACAAUCCUCGUCGGCCACGUCAUCUUACCCACAGCAUCAGCAGCAGCAGCAGCAACACGACCUCUCGCCGGAUAAUUCGCGCUCCAACACUCCCGGAGGAGGAGGAGGAGGAGGAGGAGGAAGCCGUCUGGCGAAGGAGGAGCUGAAGGCGGCGUGGCGCCGGUGGCUGAUGGCCGAGUCAAUACGCCGCGUGCUCAUCAUGGCACACCUUGUCCGCGCGGUAUACGCCACGGCGAAGCAGGGCGGCGCGUACGGCAAGCUCGGGGGCUCGGGAUCCGGCGGCGGCAGUGGGGGGCAUCCGCAUCCUCACCUCCACCACCAUAUCAUGGGGCUCUCGGACAUGGGGUUCACGGCGCAGGCACGGCUGUGGGCCGCCACGACAGCGGAGCGCUGGAGCCGGUCGCGCGAGGGUGACACGGCGUGGUGGGUCAGCCGAAUGGACUUUUCGGGCCUGCUCGCUCUCGCGGACCCGCGUGAGGUGGAUGAGUUCACUAUCAUGCUUGGCGUCGUGUUCCGGGGCAAGGACGUCGUCGAGGACUGGAUCACGCAUGGGCCCGGUGGCAUGUGA